AUGCAUAAGCUCUGCCUUCUGCUCGUGGCCUCCGGCGCCUUUUUUCCCGUUAAAAGUGUCGGAUCGAUCACCGGCGACGGCCAAGCGGUUGUUGCCACGCCCAACGCGGGGACUGUGCCACGCGUCGACGACGCUUCGUCCGAGUCACCAGAACUGUUGCGGUCACACGACAGAGCCGUGGACAAAACCGCAUUGACGACUGCUGAUCAAGACCUAAAGUCCAAUGGCUCGACGGUGUCCUCGUCAGAGCGUGAUCUUGAAGAUCGAAACGCGUUCUCGGGUUUGGCACAGAAAAUAAAACAGGGUAUUUCGAGGGGCGUGACGGCCGCGUUGAUUUAUCUUCCUUCGGGUUCCCGCCACGUUCUAAAGUCGUGGCAGAAGCAGAAGUUAACCCCCGUCCAAGCAGCUCGAGUCAUCGGCAUCGAUCGAAGCGGCGUCAGCCCGAAGAAGCUAAGGCUCUGGAUUCAGCAUGCUCGCUGGCAUCAAAGCACGACUGGUAAGGCGCUCGACUAUGACGCGGCAUACCGGGUGUUCAAGGGCACGCGUGGUUCAGACAAGGUAUUCGAGCGACUUACAGCCCUCCGCAACGUCAAAGAUGCGGAAGUUGGGGGGCUGACUGCGUAUAUGUACAACAAGUUAGCUAAAGAAUUGACACAUAAGCUUGGCAACGAAGCUUCCGGGUGGAUGGCUGGCAGAUGGAUGAAGAUGGGGUUGCACCCCGAAAAAGUCGCCAAAAUGCUUGGCAAAGGCGAUGAUCUCGUUUCGACAGGGCUGUAUUCUGCAGCUCAAUGGGUCGGCUACGUCAAGAUGUUGCAGAAGAAACACUCGAAACUUGCCAUUGAUACUGAAAAAGCAACGAAUCUUUUGGUCGGCCAAUUGAACAAGAAAGCGAAGGUUCCUGCUCUUCGCGCUGUCUGGCCUGACCAUCCGAUCUUCUCAUUAGCCAAAAAGAAGCGACGCACAGGCUGA